GAAAGCUCCAAUUAUCUGGGAUAGGGGAUUCUGCACUAAAUGGUCUCUAUGAGAAUAAUGACCAAGAGGUUGGGAGAAGACCAAGUUACAAACACUCUGGUGGGGAUGACAUAUUCAACCUUUACUACAUAGCGUCGGAUGGAGUAUGGGUUAUCGGAUCCGAUCCUAUAGUUAUACAAGAUGGCUAUUUCGCUUACACAUAUGAUUCUUCUGUGGAUCCAACUCAAAGUAGCAAUUGGGAGGUUUACGACGAAGGUUGGAUACCAAAGCCAAAUACACUGUGGACUUGUUUAGAUGUCGAAAACAACUGUACAAACCACAACAACUGAUGAAAUUAUAACUGUACCAACCUCAACAUCAACUGUCCAAACCACUGAAACUGAUCAAACAAAGACUGCUGUACAAACCACCACCAUUGAGGAAAUUACUACAACUGUACCAACCUCAACAACAAUUGUCCAAACCACGACAACUGAUGAAAACACUUCAGCUGUACAAAUAACAAAAACUGAUGGAAUUUCUACAAUUUUGCCAACCACAACAUCUGAUAAAACUUCAACUACAGUUCCAGCUACAACAUCUGAUCAAACUAUUGUAACUGUUCCAAUGACUACAAUAACUAAUACAACAUUUGCAUCCUCUACCGUUAUUACAACGGCAAAAAUGGUUACCAAAACAGAACCAUAUUCAUGUGGUAAAAUGACCUGUCCUCCUGGUCGAGUAGGCAAAACGUGUGCUGAAAGUGGAUAUGCAUUCUCAGUUGUUCUGCGACUGAAUGAAAGGUUUUCAGAAGCACUCAAAGAUGUGGAAUCCGAAGAAUAUAAAGAUUUCAAAGAAAAAUUCUUCUGCUCGGUCAGUGAGGGAUAUAAACAAGGCAUUCUUGGUCACAAGUAUAGAGCAUUCCUAAAGAUAGAGAAUUUGACCAGUGGAUCCAUCUUGGUAGCUUUCUCCCUGACUCUAGAACCAUUGUCGAUAGAUGGCGCCAGUGAUCCUCCAACACCAGAUUUGGUGGAGGCGUCAUUCAAUGUAACAGCUGCGAACCAAUUUGGCUUACUAAAAUACAGAGGACAGCCUGAAUCAGUGAAAGAUUACGAUGAGUGUUCAACCCAUUCUUCCAACGAUUGCCACGCAAAUGCGUCAUGCACGAAUCAGAUAGGAUCAUACACAUGCGCAUGCGCCACUGGGUUUGUUGAUGAAAGGACUGACACUAUUUUACCAGGGAGAAUGUGUAAAGCUGAAUAUGUAUUGAGCAGAUUGGAUUACAUUCUCAUCAUUGUUGGAGGGUUCGUUGCAGUUGGGCUAAUAUCAGUAAUUGUUACAGUUUGUUGCUAUGUGCGAAAUAUGGCUUCUAAAAGAAAAGAAAUCAACCGUACCUAUCCAGGAUUAUAAGUGAUAGACUAGAAUAGGAUAAGGAUGAGCAAUGUCUUGGUGCGAGAUAGUCGCUGCGAGAAUAAGCCGAACGUAAUGAGAAAUCAACCAGCGGUAUAUAUUUGGCCUGCGUGAUGCAUACGUAGUACCUGAACACGCUAGGUGUCAAAUGGAUAUAUGGCCGUGGUGUUAGCGAGUAAACAGAAUGAUAGAAAUCUUGCCCGAAAUUCGUUUUUCGCGGGGUCUUUUUGCUUUACUUCCGGUAAAAUCUAUAGGUGCAUAAACAGUGGUUAAAAUCCCCCUGAAAUGAACCAUGAGGAACAAUCCUCCAGUGUCCUUCUUAAUAAGGAUGAAUCCAAGAACAUUUAAAGCUAUACAAGUUACACACAGGCCUUGUGCGAACGAAUGGUAAUGGUGGUCGAUCAAGAAUGAAAACAUCCUUUUUUGAAGAAUAACAACAGAUUUUUGUGGAUUUCGCUUGAAUGUCAAAAUACAAUUAAACAAUGUAAUCUUUCAAUGAAUUCUAGCAUUUGACUAUUUAGCAGUUUCAAAGUUCCAAAUAUUCAAUAUAAUAGAGAUCCAAUCAUAGACCUCUAAAUCAUACCAUAGCGAUUUCCCGCUUUAGACAGCCAUUUUGAAUAUCAUGAGGAAGAGGGGGAGACGCCCCGGGAUUCAGAGAAGACACAUGUCUAUAAAUCCUAUUUUACAGGAAGUACACCAGGGCGGGGUUCCUUUUAUGCUUUUCUACCAAUUGUACAUCUCCGAUUGGCACAUUGCUGCAAGCUCAUAUCGGUGCAUCCGUAGCAAAUACUCGUAUCAUGUUAGAUCAUGGUUUUGGGAUAUAUGUGAUUUGUUUUCCUAUGACUGGUAUACACUUAAAGUUUGCCUUUUCUUACCAGGUUACAUAACGACUUUUGAUCCUUUCCCUUUGGCACCUAUGCUUAUAUAUUCGUAUAUAGGUACGUGUAUGACAUUGCAAACCCUUCUAAAUCAUCUCAAAGAUGACAGCAACAAAUAGAGGUACCAAAUUCAGUUUGUAUCAACCAUUUGAAUAUUGGAGGUGAAGUAAUUGUAUAAACAGACUGUUGGUAUACCCAUGUCAUCCAAUAAUGAGAUAUCAAAAUAUGUUAUACACCAACUGGGGUGUCGAAGCCCGUAUAGUUUUGAAAUUUUGUAAUGAGAUAUGAAAUAAAAGUAUUUUGAAAUUGAAAAAUGUUGAAGAAAGGUGUUCGUUCCAUGUAUGACUUUUGCUGCCCUAAUUGUAAAUCAUCAGCAAAAGGACAUUGAAACAAUUGCAACGGGAUGUUGGACGUAGGAUCCAAUCCUCGUCUAAGACGACGAGUCAUUCCAUCUCAACCGU